UUCCACCGCAGCAUCGACACACUCCUCUGCCUCUUCCGACUACCGAAACCCUCCUCCACCACAGCUUUCCGGGCCUCCGGCGAAAGAGAAAGAGAGAGAGAGUGGAAGAAUGGUGACUGUGGAGGAAGUCCGCCGUGCCCAGCGGGCCGAGGGCCCUGCCACGAUCAUGGCGAUCGGGACGGCCACCCCGCCCAACUGCGUCGACCAGAGCGCGUACCCGGACUACUACUUCCGGAUCACCAACAGCGAGCACAAGACCGAGCUGAAGGAGAAGUUCAAGCGCAUGUGCGAGAAGUCAAUGAUCAAGAAGCGGUACAUGCACUUGACCGAGGAUAUCUUGAAAGAGAACCCCAACAUCUGCGCCUACAUGGCACCCUCGCUGGACGCCAGGCAGGACAUGGUGGUGGUGGAAGUCCCGAAGCUCGGCAAGGAGGCGGCCGUCAAGGCCAUCAAGGAGUGGGGCCAGCCCAAGUCCAAGGUCACCCACCUGAUCUUCUGCACCACCAGCGGCGUCGACAUGCCCGGCGCCGACUACCAGCUCACCAAGCUGCUCGGCCUCCGCCCCUCCGUCAAGCGGUACAUGAUGUACCAGCAGGGCUGCUUCGCCGGCGGCACGGUCCUCCGCCUGGCCAAGGACCUGGCCGAGAACAACAAGGGGGCCCGCGUCCUCGUCGUGUGCUCCGAGAUCACUGCCGUCACCUUCCGCGGCCCCACCGACACCCACCUCGACAGCCUCGUGGGGCAGGCCCUGUUCGGGGACGGCGCGGCGGCCGUCAUCGUGGGGGCCGACCCGGUGCCCGGCGUCGAAAAGCCGAUGUUCGAGCUCGUCUCGACGGCCCAGACCAUACUCCCGGACAGCGACGGGGCCAUCGACGGGCACCUCCGGGAGGUGGGGCUCACGUUCCACCUCCUCAAGGACGUCCCCGGGCUCAUCUCGAAGAACAUCGAGAAGAGCCUGGUGGAGGCCUUCCAGCCGCUCGGCAUCUCGGACUGGAACUCCCUCUUCUGGAUCGCGCAUCCCGGCGGGCCGGCCAUCCUGGACCAGGUCGAGGAGAAGCUGAAGCUCAAGGCCGAGAAGCUGCGCGCGACGCGCCACGUGCUGAGCGAGUAUGGCAACAUGUCGAGCGCCUGCGUGCUGUUCAUCCUGGACGAGAUGAGGAAGAAGUCGACCGAGGACGGGCUGAAGACCACCGGCGAGGGGCUCGAGUGGGGCGUGUUGUUCGGGUUCGGCCCCGGGCUCACCGUCGAGACCGUGGUCCUCCACAGCCUCGCGGCGCAGGCUUAAGCAACGCUCUCCCUCUCUCCACCUUUGUCAUUGAUUUGGUUUGUCAUCAAUUUCCCUGAAUUUUCUUUCCAUCUUCUCUUCUUUUUCUUUCUCUUUUUUUUUUUUCUUUACUUUGAGUCAUCAAUGUGCGCAUUUUCAGUGUCGGAAAAGGGGUUGGGGUUGCAAUGGCUGAACAUGGUCGCCUUUGGGCUGCAUCGAAAUAAAUGGUGUGGGGAGCAUGUGUAACAAAAGAUUUCCCCAGUAAUAUUUCAUAUGCAAUAUAAAUUCAAUGUGGUCGGAUCGAUAUUUAGUAGUUUCAA